CUCGACACAAGCAUUGGCAUUGGCCUGGAACCCCCCUCGACCGCCUCCUUGAUUGUCCCUUGCUAUCCGCCUGUCAACGGCGAGUCUUGUCUUUUGUCGUCGUCAAGUUCAACCACCCUAAACAACGGCAGAACCAGCACAAGCCAGUCUCGUGACCUCGACGUCUCCCUCUCCUUUCAGUUCUCUGCAUUUUGGCCGGUUGCUUAUUUUUGUCUCCCUGCCUCGCUCAAGCCACGAGGUUGCCUCAUCCCGCCGCAUUGAAAACCCGACCAUCUGUCAGACUGCUAAGCUACCUUGGGCUGCUGCCACUUACCUAGCUAGCUUCGUCCGGCAGUCUCUUCUCCGCUGUCGUUGGUUGUUGGCACUGGGGAAUAUUUACCCCCUUAUUAGAGCCUGAGCCUGAGCCUGGAGCCCCUCUCCGCCACCUUUUUUGCGCCUUAUCGACAAAUCCUCUUCCCUUCUCCCCCCCCUUUCGUCAGUGAAGGAAAACCAACCACCGGCUGGUUUUCGAUUCUUCAUCUACUUCUUCUUCAUCUCCAAACCAAUUCUCCCCUCCCGUAAGAAUCACCAGGCUCGGUGGGUUUGCGAGGACCUCCCAUCCACCCACCCGCCCACCGCAAUCUAUUCUUCCUCGACAACGCACCGGGGGACGCCCCCAAUCCAUCCAACCAUCCGCCUUGACCCUGCGCACCGCACCGCGGCUGCGACCUUGCCUCCUCCUUUGCAGCCUCCCCGCCGUCGAGCAGCAGCAGCAGCAGCAGCAGCAGCAGUAGUAGCAGUAGCAGUGGCAGCAGUAGCAACAAUAGCACUCGACUCGCUGCCUCAAUCCCACGGUCCGCUCGUACAUAGCACGCUGUCAAUUAAACUGCCACUUUGCUAGUUGCCCGCACAGCCCGCGCAGCAUCCCUACCCGCACACGCCGUGGCCCCUCCCGAGUCAGGACGAAACCUUUACAAUGGAGGGCAAUAAUAAUCGUCUCUACCUCAACAUUGGGAACAACAACGACCGUUUGGCUCCCGGCGGCGACCGACAAUUUCCCACCACGCCCUCCACUUUCCCCCAGCCUGUCUUCCCUCACCAAGGCCAGCACCAACAGCAGGCCGGCAUGCAGCAUCAGCAGCAACAGCAACAGCACCAGCACCAGCAACAACAUCCGCCUCAGCAGCAGCAACAGCCCUACGCUACCGGUUACGCCCCCUCUGGUUACUUCAUGCCGAACCAGCAGCAGCAGCAGCAAGGCCAGUACCCUCCUCAGGGUCACGGGGACUACAAUGCUGCCUACCAGCCUCGCUCGAACACGCCCGGCACCAACGAUCCGAACGUCGGCCUCGCUCACCAAUUCUCCCACCAGAACCUAGGCGGCGCUGCACGGGCAUCGCCAUACGGCUCUCGCGGCCCCUCGCCCGGCCAGCGACCUCGCACUGCUGGCGCUUCGGGACAGCCGCCCUCGGGUUAUGGACACUAUGCAACGCCUCCGAUGCCCACCCAGUCCGCAGCGCCCGUCGAGGCUUUCGCCCCGGCCCCUGAGCGCCUCUACGAGAAGUAUGGCCCCAACGCCAACAACAACCAGAAGAAAUGUACCCAAUUGGCGUCCGACUUCUUCAAGGACAGCGUCAAGCGCGCCAGAGAACGCAACCAGAGACAGAGCGAGAUGGAAGCCAAGCUCUCUGAGCCUGGCCAGAGCCAGCAGAGACGCGAGCAGAUCUGGUCUACCGCCGGCCGUAAGGAGGGUCAAUAUCUGCGAUUCCUGCGAACCAAGGACAAGCCCGAGAACUACAACACCAUCAAGAUCAUCGGCAAGGGCGCGUUCGGCGAGGUCAAGUUGGUGCAGAAGAAGAACGACGGCAAGGUCUACGCCAUGAAGUCCCUGAUCAAGACGGAGAUGUUCAAGAAGGACCAGCUCGCCCAUGUCCGUUCCGAGAGAGAUAUCCUGGCCGAGUCUGACAGUCCUUGGGUCGUCAAGCUUUUUACCACUUUCCAGGACUCGUACUUCCUGUACAUGUUGAUGGAGUUCUUGCCCGGUGGUGACUUGAUGACCAUGCUUAUCAAGUACGAGAUCUUCUCCGAGGACAUCACGCGGUUCUACAUUGCAGAAAUCGUUUUGGCGAUCGAAGCCGUCCAUAAGCUGGGCUUCAUCCAUCGUGACAUCAAACCCGACAACAUUCUGCUGGACCGCGGAGGUCAUGUCAAACUGACUGAUUUCGGUCUGUCUACCGGUUUCAACCGUUUACACGACAAUAACUACUACCAGCAGCUGCUGCAAGGCCGUUCCAACAGACCGCGCGACCGUAACUCUGUCGCCAUCGACCAGAUCAACCUCACCGUCAGCAACCGAUCUCAGAUCAACGACUGGCGCCGGUCGAGGAGAUUGAUGGCCUACUCCACUGUUGGAACGCCCGACUACAUCGCCCCGGAGAUCUUUACGGGACACGGCUACACUUUCGACUGCGAUUGGUGGUCACUGGGUACCAUCAUGUUCGAAUGCUUGGUCGGAUGGCCGCCCUUCUGCGCCGAGGACAGCCACGACACGUACCGCAAGAUUGUCAACUGGAGACAGACCCUGUACUUCCCUGACGAUAUCCAGCUUGGUGUGGAGGCCGAGAACCUGAUCAGAAGCUUGAUCUGCAACACCGAGAACCGUCUCGGCCGAGGGGGCGCACACGAAAUCAAGCAGCACUCGUUCUUUAGAGGCGUCGAGUUUGACAGCCUGCGUCGUAUUAGGGCACCUUUCGAGCCCCGUCUGACUUCGGCCAUCGAUACCACCUACUUCCCAACCGACGAGAUUGACCAGACUGACAAUGCGACCAUCCUCAAGGCGCAGGCCGUCCAGAAUGCCCGCCAGGGCGUGCCUGCGGUUGUCGAAGAGUCUCCCGAAAUGAGCCUGCCCUUUAUUGGAUAUACCUUUAAGCGUUUCGACAACAACUUCCGAUAGGCGUCAUAUUCGCAUCACCCUGGCAGCCAGCUCUGCACUGCGUGCGCCCUUCCAUCCGAGGAGCAGCUGCUUGGGCGGGCAAAGCGGGGUGGGGAGGAACGGAGGAGCACAAGGCAAUGUCUCGCUGACCACUGCAUUUUGCUUACUGCCGAUCCAAUACACCAGAUUCUUGUUACCAAGACUUGCAUUUAUCGUUUUUGUUUUCAAUCACUGCAUACAGGGCGUUGAUACGCAUCAAGACACACAAAACUCGCACACAUCAUGUAGAUGGAAGAGGCGGACUGGGGAUGUGCCUCGGAGAGGCCUUCUUUGAGAGGGCCGACGGAUGCCUAGAGCUUUCAUUCUCACGAGAAGUACGGGUAGGAGUUGCCAGGAGACGAAAUGAGGGCGGGCGCCAGAUCUAGUGGUAAUGCCGGAUCUACAGGUCACGGAUGCUGUUGUGAAUUUAGGAGACACGAGGACGACUGGCAACAGUAUCAAGGUGAAGACGAAAUGCAACCGAGACGAUGCAAUUGAAAACAAAACCCUCCGUGCUGACAUUGUAAUUGUAUUUGCGUGCAACUUUCUUUCCCAUGACCCGCGCCAAAACGCCGUGAUAUCUUUCCUAAAGGUGCCUUGUGGCGUGUGUUGGGUGCGACGAUCGUUUAACCGCAUAGCCCGCAGCUCGCGAGCUGAAGCUGGUGAUUGCUGGGACCUGGCCGGGACACUAUGCCCUUCUCCUCGUGCCCGCCGAGUCCCCCGUCAACGUGUUCUUGGCCAUUGCCAUGCGCCAACACCCAUGCAUCCUCAUGAGGUGAAAAUUCAAUUGAAAAUCCGCGAAGCUCGAGUAAUAUCUCCCCCAAUCACGCGGACCUCACCUCCUCGUGCCCGGCGCGGCGACGUACCUCUCCUCACGCUCCGACAUGAACAUGACCUGCAGCCAGUACUCCUUGGCGUCCGGGUCCCAGAAGCUGAACUGCUUGUCGUCGCGCUUGUCAAGCUCGCGGGCGGGGAUCUUGAAGCCGCACGUCUCGUAGGGCUCGGCGGCGACGAGGAGGUACUGGAAGUUCUUGUCGGGCUCCUCGACGCGCUGGGUGAAGGCGUUCAUGACCUGCCACUUGGGCUCGACGUCGGGCGCGAUGUCCGGGUAUUGCAGCUGGAAGAGCAGGCCCUGCUGGCGCGUGACGGGGUCGCGGACCUUUGUGAUCUUGUAGCCGGGGCGGCCGAUCUUGAUGACGUUGCGGCGGAUGCCGGCGCCGCCGAAGCCGGCACCGGAGACGCCCAUGGGCAGGCCCGUGGCCGGGUCGAUGUUCUGCUUCCCCUCCUUCUGCUCGCGGGCGGCACGGCGGGCGAGGUUGGUCUGGUGCUUCUUGCCCUGGGUGUGGGCGAGGUAGGAGCCGUCGUUCUGGUGGACGGUGAGGCAGAGGCGGCACUCGAAGGAGCCGACGUGGUUCUUGAAGAAGUAGGGGUCCUUGUCGAGGUCGAUGGUUUCGAGGGCGAGCUUGCGGAGGCGCUCGCGGCGGUCGGCGUUGGUGGCCGAGAAGGAGGCGACGCCGCCGCCGCCGAACUUGGAGCCGGCGCGGUUCUGGUAGUCCAUCUUUUCGGGCUGGGCUUUUCUUGUCUCGUUGGCUGUUUGUGUUUUUGGGUGGUUGUGUCUGCUAUUGUUCGCCCUGAGUGUUGUUGUUUCUUUUGAGGGGGAGGAGUAGGUGGACCUGUGUUUCGGUGGGUGGAUGGAAGGCUGCUCUUGGAUUGAA